GAAUAGUUGCAUCAAGUUUACAAGAGCAGCAUCCAAAAUGAUACGAAGCUAUACCCUCGCAAUACUCUGUGCCAUGGUCGUACUCGGUAACGGGCGGCGGAUCAGUGAAGAUCCAUCCCAGAAGCUUCUGGCUCGUAGGACCAGAGUUAUUGACGGUGGAGAAGUAAGCAUAGAAAAUAUUCCGUGGCAGGUCAACUUUAUAAAUUAUUGGGGACGUAGCACCAUUCCCGGUUGUAGUGGGAGUAUAAUUUCAUCCAAUUGGGUUAUCACUGCUGGUCACUGCAUCUGCAGUUGGGCGUGGGAUUCACUUGGACCACUGAUAGUUCUGUCAGCUGGUUCGAGUCAUUAUAAAAAAGGAUCACACCACACUAUCGUCGAAGUGAUUUGUCAUCCACAGUAUUAUCUGCAAGAUGACAAAGAUUUAUUGCCUUUUAACGAUAUCGGUCUGUUACGAGUCGCGGAACCCUUCAAAUUCGAUAAAACCCGACAACCGAUUCCGCUCCAUAGUGGAGCUUAUGAAGCUAUGGGUCAAUUCGAAGCAAUUGCCAGUGGCUGGGGUAGUACAACCCUUGACGGACAGCUGAGUGACAAUCUCAAAGCCGCAACCUUCAAAGUUAUCUCCUCAUUGGACUGCUUAGCAUUUUUAUCCACGGUCGAUAAAAACAGCAGCGCGUAUUCUGCCAAAAUCUGUGCCGAACCCCUAUCGGGCUCGAUCUGUCAAGGUGACUCAGGUGGACCUCUUACCGUCAACGGAACUCUCGUUGGAAUUGUCAGCUGGGGCAGAUCCUGCUCUGCUAAAGAUGGACCGCAAGUUUUUUCUGAGGUGGCACAUUAUCGCGACUGGAUUUCGGAGAUAACGUCGCUUUGA